CAGAUAGAGACCUGCCAAAUAUCAAUCAUAAGAAAUGCAGGAUAAGGAGCUACGUCUGCAUAUACAAUCUCAAGCUAAAAUACUGUCGCAGCUUGGUAAGGAGAGGAAGAAGGAUGAUCGUGAAGUUAAAGAGUAUCUUUAUGGACCAAAAGAAGGAACAGUAUCGAAAACAUUUCGAUGGAUUUGGAGUCACAGAGUAGCUCGAAUGGGUCAAGAUUGGAUAUUCUUAGCACUACUGGGCAUGUUGAUGGCUGUGAUAUCAUACGUGGUCGAUAAAGGAAUACUUAUGUGCAUGAAUACAAGAGUGUGGCUUUACAAAGAUCUCGACUUUGAGAAUCCUGUGGCUAGAUAUCUGGCUUGGGUGUCCUUACCUGUGUGUUUGGUUCUAUUCUCGGCUGGGUUUGUAAGUCAGCUAGCACCAACAUCGAUUAGUUCUGGCAUUCCAGAAAUGAAGACAAUCCUCAGAGGCGUUCAACUCAAACAACUCAAAAAGUUUCUCACUUUCAAAACUUUAGUUGCCAAAGUCAUCGGCUUAACAGCAACUCUUGGAAGUGGCAUGCCAUUAGGCAAGGAAGGUCCAUUCGUCCACAUCGCCAGCAUCCUUGCACAAAUCCUCAGCAAAUUGUCAAUAUUCCGAGGAAUUUUUGAGAAUGAGACAAGAAAUAUUGAUAUGCUGGCUGCAGCCUGUGCUGUUGGUGUUGGUGCCUGCUUUGCAAGUCCAGUUGGUGGUGUUUUAUUCAGCAUAGAAGUAACAACAACUUAUUUUGCGGUUAGAAAUUAUUGGAGAGGCUUCUUUGGUGCUGUUUGCGGUGCUUUAUUCUUCAGACUUAUUGCUGUUUGGUUCCAUAAUGUUGACACUUUGAAGGCUAUCUUCAGCACUAGCUUUACAAUUGAAUUUCCUUAUGGACCACAAGAACUGCUUGCGUUUGCAAUGCUCGGAUUGAUUUGUGGAAUAUUGGGUGCUCUUUGGGUUUGGGUUCAUAGACAGUAUGUGUACUUUACUAGAAGGAAUAAAUUUGUGGAUAAGAUUAUUAAGAAGAACUGCUUUUUAUAUGCUGGCAUAUUGGCGUUGAUGGUCUCAACCAUUACCUACCCUAAUGGUCUAGGGAUAUUUAUGGCUGGAGAGCUAAGCACUCAUCAGCAGGUGUCCUAUAUGUUUACUAACUUCACAUGGUCGCAAGAUGAAUUAUCUGCUCAGGAGAUGACAAUUUCAAACUAUUGGACUAACCCAAUUACUGGAGAAGUAUUCAGUGUUUUAUUUGGCUAUGCUGUAUUCACUUUCUUCUUUUCAAUCAUCACAUCAACGAUGCCAGUUCCAAACGGAAUUUUCAUUCCAGUCCUCAAAAUUGGAGCAGCCUUAGGUAGAAUGGUUGGCGAAGCAAUGCAUCUCUGGUUCCCAACUGGUGUCUUCUAUGGCAAUCAUCUCAACCUGAUAAUUCCAGGAACAUAUGCAGUUGUUGGCGCUUCCGCAUUUGCUGGUGCCGCAACUCACACAGUCUCCGUCGGUGUAAUUUUAUUCGAAAUGACAGGUCAAAUAACACAUCUACUUCCUGUCAUGAUUGCGACAUUAAUUUCAUGUGCUGUUGCCGCAAUUUUACAACCGUCAAUAUUCGACUCAAUUAUUGUCCUCAAAAAGCUUCCGUACUUACCGGAUUUAUUGCCAUCGGGCAGUGGCGUUUACAACUGUAAAGUUGGCGAUUUUAUGGUCUCGGAUGUCGUUUACAUCUGGAAAAGUAUCACAUUUAGGCAGCUCGAGGACAUAUUGAGAAAGAACAAGGAACUUUACAGCAUACCAUUGGUGGAUAAUGAAGACACGAUGGUGCUACUUGGAACUGUGUCAAGGCAUUCAUUAAUUCGAAUGAUUUACAAGCACAUUGAGAGGGCAAAGAGAAUGGAUAUUGAGAGUAAAAGAAGAGAAGAUGAGGAAAAAUUGAGGAAGUUCAUGGAACAGCCAAGAAGGUCAUCAAAGUUUGAAGUUAUAAAUGAACCGGAUGUGGAUAGACUUCGACAAAUUGCUAAUAAUGAGAUGCUAACACCAAGAGCUAAGCAGAAUGUGCUGCUAAUGGAACAAAAGCCACUCAAGUCGAUCCUUAAAAAAUCAGAUUCAUUCACAAUGAAAGGCUUUAAUCCAUUGUCACCGCACAGUCCAACAAACAGCACAGACUUAAAGUUACGCUCAGCAUUUGACGUUGUGUACCAAAAAUCAGUAACUUUACCUGACGCCAUAAUCGACCCUGAACUCGGUUCACCAACAGCAACAAGUGAUUCAGCAUCGCCAACAAAAAAAGUCAAACUUCCACUAGAAAGAUUCAUCGACAGACCAAUGGAGGAACAAAGACAAUGGAGAGCAAAGGAAUUGUCUAAGCCGAUUAACUUGGAUGAAGGCAAAGUGACAAUUGAGCCUGUUUCAUUCCACUUGAUGGAAUCAACACCUUUAAUGAAAGUUCACAGUUUGUUUGCCAUGACGGGAAUUAAUCAGGCUUAUGUGACGAGAGUUGGGCGAUUGGUUGGAGUUGUGGCGUUGGAGGAGCUCCGAAAAGUGAUUGAAGACAUAAACAACGGCAACUUGGUGAUUAAGAGUGCGCCAAUAGUUCCAGAGCUAAUUAUACCUGAGACACCAGAUUCACCAGACACUCCAGAGACCCCCUUGUCCCCUCAAACACCAGAACCAACACUGAUUGAGGAAAUAUUCCAGAAAGGAUUUGAUUUUGAUACUAAAAUUGUUAAGAAUUAUUGAGGAAGUUUUGGAUGUUGUGAAGUGGUCGUAAUGAUUGAUUUUGGCAUCUCAAGCUCAUUUUUAAGAUCGAAUUUUGGUUUUUAAAACUUUUACAAUGCUUGAGUUAAAUUUGAUCGUUCAAAUUAUAGAACUGUAUGCAAUAUCCAAGCUAUUUCUAUUAAUUUAAGUGUUG